UGUGAUAUUUGGGAAAGAGAGAAAGAGGAUCUCGUUAGCGAAGAUGGCGGGACUCGGAGCCAGUGUGCGAUUGCCGCUGGUUUGUUCUCGCGUUGAGCCCCCUUUCCAUAGCGUGGGAGCCGGCAGGACUGCAGUGAUCCACAGCCACGCCAAUCGGACACCGCUGGCGCUGGUGCUGGCGCUUCGAGGGUGCCCCUCGGUGAUUCGAUGCACGAUUGGCCCUGAUCCAGUCCUGCGAACCUGCAAGAACUGUAAGCAACCGUUCGACCCCUCUGUCAAUCACCCUCGAGCAUGCCGCUUCCACACCGCCCAUUUUGGUGGAGAAACAAAGAGGAAAUUUGAGAGUGUGUACACUGGAGGGACAAUGAACACUCCUGAUUCAGGCCAAGUAUUCCAGUACUGGCAUUGUUGUGGCUCUGAAGAUCCGUUUGAUGCUGGCUGUACUGCAGCUCCUCAUUGCUCAUACGAUGAUUGAUUUGACUCCUGGUAAAUCUUUGAUCUAUGUUUUUCUCACCCUUGUCGAGAGCCCUUCUAUUUCUCUUAUUCCAGUUAAACUCAUAACUCAUAUUCCUCAGUCAUUGUAGUUAUUACCUGAAUGUAUAUUGCAAUUCCAUGUUCAAACACCAUUCAAGCACUACAACAGACAUUGUAUAAUUUCAAUGAAAACAAACAAUACAACACAGAAGAAGGAAGCUUUGUUUUUCCAUGAAAACAAAGAGAAAUUACGAGGGGAAAAAAAAACAAUAACAACAACAACAACAACAACAACAUGAAGGAAGAAAGGAGAAAUAGGAACAUGUUGCCCAUCAGAUAUUAACUAAUUUAGCUUUAGAGGCUCUGACAGUGGCUUCAUCAAGCUGGAAGACCUUGGAAAGAAGGCCGUCAGGAAUUGAGGGUGUUGAUCGAAAGAGAGACUUGGGAACACUGAUUCCUCCUGGCAACUGACUGUUAAAAGCUGCAUAUGUCUGUGCCUUCCCCUUGCCAAUGUUGCAUUGGAAAUGCAUGAGACCCCGGGGCACAAUGAACAUCUCACCUUUCUUCACCACCUUGGAGAAGUACUUGUUAUCAGCUGUAAUGAUACCGAUGAAUAGUGUACCCCGAACGACUAUCACAAGCUCCGAAGCACGAGGGUGAGUGUGUGGUGCAUUGAUGCCUCCGGGUGCAAAGUCGACACGAUUCAUGGACAUGCCCAUGGUGUUGAGGCCCGGGAACUUUACGACAGUGCCGUGUGUAGUGAAGGAGCCGAACACAUUGCUGGUAUUGCCCUCCUUGGCUAGGACAUCAGAGACGAGAUCAUCUGCUGUGACUUGUGAGGCCGGUUUGCAGGGAUACCCAUUUGCAAAUCUCUGGCCUGUACUUAAAUCAGCAAUGCAAAUGUCAUCAACUGGAUCAGGAUCUGCAUGACAAACAUAUGAGAAGUCUAGUAACAAUAUGAUCAUCAGUAUCAUGGACAUCAAGAGAAACAAGGUUGUUGCAGUGGUAGUCUGGCCUGCCAUUCUAUUUCUUUUCCUUUCUCUGUGUGUUAGACUGUGUGGUUGGAGAUGGCAGUUUGGACAUGCAUUUAUAGUUGAUUGAGGGAAGCUAGCUAACAAGAGUGCCAGAUGAGCAUGAAAAUGAUAUGGGACUGGAUGCUUGUGAGCUUUGAUCUGUGAUGGAGACAAUAUGGAAUUUAUGGAGCAGUUUUGUCCUGGAUAGCAUCACUUGGUCCAUCUGGAGGGGAUGGCUUAAUUUAGAGAUUAGUGGUCUGAAAAUAAUACUCGUCCGCCCUUCACUUGUUUUAAUGUGUAGAACUAUGGGAAGUAUAAUGUUGGAAAUUGAUCGCCUAGUGUAGAUGACUUGGUAGAUGAAAAACAUGAGAUGACUAAGCAAGUGAAGAUGAACUUUGGUUUC